AUGCUCCACGGAUUCCUAGUUUUCCUCUUAUUCCUCCUCCAAAUCCACUCAGUGUGGUCAUCAGAAGAUGUAUUCGAUGUCAGGAUACACGAAGGAGCUGACAAGGGAAGUCGGUUGACCAUGAGUCAGGAACUUCAAAAGUCCACAGAGCCACUGGGUCAUUGUUUUGGACAGUUGGAGACGGAUGUGGAUUGGAUUGAGUGGAAAUCCAGUCGAAGUGCCUUUUAUACAUCAGCACAGAUGCCAUUGUCGGCUACCAAGAAUUCGAAUAAUCUGGUUGGAACGCUACACUUACUCUGCGCUGGCAACCAAAUGCACACAUUCCCAUUCCGUGUCCAUAUCACACAUCGGAACCAUCACCCACCGACAUUCUCUAGAAACUCCUAUAAGUUUCACGUCCCAACAACUCUACCUAUAGGAUCUGUAAUUGGAACUUUGGAAGUCAAAGAUCAAGAUCCAGUGAUCUACAAUUCCGAGAGAAAAUUGGCAUUCACAAAAGACGAGCCUCUCGUGGAGAUUCUACAGGAUGGAACGUUCAAAUUGAAAUCUGAUCUAAGCGUUUUAACUCCGUACACCCCUCAAAGAAUGCAAAUCCUGCUGCACGUCAAUGUUGCAACCGAAGAGUAUCAAAUUUUCGAAUGGGAACAUCCUCAAUACGGAACAGUUGAUAAGUAUAGAUUAAGUAUUAGAAGGGAUGAUCAGGUGGUGUAUGAGGAGGAAUUGGAAGCGGCGAAGACGUUGGCAUUGACCAAGAUCACUUUUUCAAACCACAUGAACGUCAGUUUCCAAGUCACAGCAAUUGACGAGAAUGGGGAGACGUCGAGUGAGUGGACACAGAUUGGACCAAUUGAUAGAGACGUCGUCUGUAAGGGAGAAUGCUCUCGUGGUGGGACACCGCUGUGCUAUGUUGGAGCUUUCAAUCGAGUCGAACAAUUUGUGGAUUCAAGAGGAGCACACUGUCUAUGCUAUCCAGGAUUCAUGGGUGUUUCAUGUGAGACUAUAGACCGAUGUGCAUCGGAGAGGACCGUCGACGUUUGGGGAGGGGUCGAUUGGACGGAAGUCAAUACCAAUAUCUCGUUAUUAGUGCCAUGCCCUUACAACCCGGUGACCGAAAACAAAUUCCUCGAACGACGCUGCUCAUGGGACUCGGAAGCGGGACGGGCGAUCUGGGAACGACCACAAGAUCGGAACUCGUGCCAGACGCAGACAUCAGUCCUUGCACAUCUCGGGUUGAUAGGGACUUACUCGGCGAAGGCUGCAACGAUAUCGGCGAUUAAUACAGUGACAAGAUUUGUUCGUGAUUUGCUAUCCUAUCCAUCGUUCUCCCGAGAACUCUCAAAGCAUGCUCACUUUGAUCAGAAGAUUGCUGAAAUGACUGCUCUUAUUUUGGACGCUGUGGUGCAGGCUGACUUGGAUCGGAUACCUGGAAACACUACGAUGCUUAGAGCGGAUGCCUGGAGAAUCAUCGAGGCAUUUGCCCUAACCCUCCCCACUCCGUACUCGUUGUCUUCCCCGGAUAACGGGAUUCAUAUGAAAUCAAUCGAAUGGGUUAAGCAUGCAGAACCAAAUGAUAAUCUAAUCGGAAAGAAAUGUCGACUCCAACUACCGUCCACUGAUGAAAGCCAUGUCAUUCGAGUGGUUUGUGCUUCAAAUGCCACAUUGUUCGAGUUGCUGGAACCCAAGAGUCCAGUGAUGUCUAUCAAACCAGACAGUGAAGAUCCAUUCGGACCAACAAGGAUGGCAAUUUACAUGAGAUACCCGGAUACUCAUGAUAACUAUACUUGUGUGUAUUAUGAUGAAGAAGAGAAAGCGUGGUCAACGAAAGGAAUCAGAAGGAUAGAGCAUAACUAUCAUGGAUACGUCAAGUGUGAGACCAAUCACUUUGGAGUUUUUGCAUUGUUACCAGACCGCCUAUUCUACAAUUCUGAAUCAUUCUGGAAAGAUCUCGCAUCUCAUAUGCCUACAGUAACCUCAUUCGUCACUUUGAUAUGUAUAGUGCUCUUACUUUUCAUGGCAGCCGUGCAAAAAAACCAACCAAUCGACUGUGCAUUCCUAUUUUACCUCUUUUUCGUCUUCAUGAUUCACCUGUCCCAUCUACUUCUAUUUUUGGCACCACAAGUCGGAGAACCAUUCCAGUUCUCGACUCUGCUGCACUUUGUUCUACAGUUUUGUGUCAUUGCUUCAUCAGGAUUACUGUGUUUAGUUCUCUACUCAAUUCAUACCACUAUCAUUUGCUACGACAUCAAGGAGGAAGAACCUCAAGGAUGCUUCUCAAAACCCUAUCAUGUAUUUGGAAUGGGAAUUUUGGUCCCAUCCCUAUUCACCUUUACCACCUACUACUUCCUGGAUGGACGGGAUCUGGAUAUCGCGAGACUUUUUGAGAGGACUGAUUGGCUCUUCAUCUCGAAUUAUCUACUACCAACUGCAGUUUUGUUCUCCAUUUCAAUAGUUUAUGCAGUCUGGAAUGUUUAUAUUGCUAGUGGGACUAGAACCAAUCGCCGAUGCUCUUCUGACCGAUUACUAGCCCUGGGACCUGCUAUCAGUGCAUCUGUAACCUCUCUUUUUAUGGUCUUCUUCUUCUGCUCCGCGCUUCUCCUAUUCUUCUUCCGUGAGCACUCCCCAAUGGCCAUCUUCUUCUUCUGCAUGUUCCAAUUCUUCCACGUGGUUACCGCAUUCUUCUUUGCUUCGUACUUGUUCAGGCUCCGCUUCCUACUACAACAAGGAUUCGACAGUAAUGACUCCACUGAUUCAUUGGAACGAAAAAGGGACAUCUCCAGAGCUCUUCUGGAGCACGUUGACACUAAAAGUGACAUUGCAUCCGAUCGAGUCGUCAUAGAUGGUGGAUUCCAGGAUGAAGGAUUCGCUCCGCCUUCUCAUUAUCAAUACAUUCCACCUGGAUCUAUGACCCAUAUUGAUAAUAAUAACCGAUACAUGCCUAUGCAUCAGAACAUUUUCGAACGUGCUCCGAUGGUUAGCAUUGUUUGA